CUUUGUUGCUUAAAGCUCUUCCCCUCCCACCUCUCCCUUAUCUCUCUCCAUCAAUUUCAAAACAAAAACAAAUAACUACACACGCAUCCCCUCCUCUUAAAAACCAGAAAGACCCACCACACAGAUUAAACUACAAACUCACUGAUCACAACCUGUCUCAUAAGAAAAAAGGAUCACUCACACAAACACCAUCAUACACAAACACACACACACACUCACUCACUCACACUCAACGCACCAACAACUUUAUUUCCUCUCCAUGCGAUCAUGGAAGGAGGCGACGAUCUCCACCACCAUCAUCACCACCACCGUCAGAACUUCCCAUUCCAGCUCCUCGAGAAGAAAGAAGACCAAGAAGCCGCCUCAUGCUCCACCUCCUCCCCCUACCCUUCACUAGCAAUCUCCGCGGAACCCACCACAUCCAAUUCCACCCGAUCCAACCAGCUCGCGGCGCCGUCGGACCCUCCAAACAGACAAAAGCCCCCACCCAAACGCACGUCGACCAAGGACCGGCACACAAAGGUGGAUGGUCGUGGCCGCCGCAUCCGAAUGCCCGCUCUCUGCGCCGCUCGCGUCUUCCAACUCACGCGCGAACUCGGUCACAAGUCCGAUGGCGAAACCAUCGAGUGGCUCCUCCAGCAGGCCGAGCCCGCCGUCAUCGCCGCCACCGGGACCGGAACCAUCCCCGCCAACUUCACCUCUCUCAACAUCUCCCUCCGCAGCUCCGGCUCCUCCAUGUCCGUCCCCUCCCAGCUCCGGUCCUCCUACUUCAACCCCAACUUCUCCCUCCAACAACGGCGCACCUUGUUCCCCGGCAUCGCCUUAUCCUCCGACACCAACCCCACCAACACCUCCACACUUCUCAAUUUCCAAUCCAACAACCUCAACACCUCCAUGCUCCAGGCGAAGCCCGAAGCUCCCUCCUCCACCUUGGACUUGUCCGACACAAGCGCGGAGGAAUCAACCCUAGGCCGGAAAAGAAGACCGACGGAACAAGACCUAUCCUCCUCCUCGCAGCACCAAAUGGGAAGUUAUCUCCUCCAGUCGAGUGCAGGCACGAUUCCUGCGAGUCACGCCGCCAACAUAUGGAUGGUGGCCAAUUCAAACACCAAUCAAGUCAUGAGUGGCGAUCCCAUAUGGACCUUCCCUCCGGUUAACAACAGUGCCUUGUAUAGAGGCACCAUGUCUAGUGGGUUGCAUUUCAUGAACUUCCCCACGCCCAUGGCACUUUUGCCGAGUCAGCAACUGGGGUCUUCUGGGAUUGGUGCUGUUGGGGGAAGCAGUAACAAUAAUAGUAAUAACAACGGCAAUAAUAAUAUGAAUGAAGGGCAUUUGAGUAUGCUUGCGGGGCUCAGUCCUUAUCGUCCAGUUAUCGGCGUUUCUGAAUCUCAGGCAAGCGGCUCGCAAUCGCAUCGUGGAGGUGCCGCAGAUGAUCGCCAUGAUACCACCAGUCACCACUCCUAGAGGGUACCAUGUGAUGUGGUGUGAUCACCGUAAAUUCUUCUUCAUACUUGUGGUCUAGUUUGAUUGAUGCUGGCGGAUGCAUGAUGGAUAGAUGGAUGUGUUUGACACACGUGAGGUUUGGUUGAUGAUCUUCGAAAUUCAGUUUUAUUUAUUCCCAAAAUUAAUUUUUUGGUGUGAUUAAUAUUUUGGAGGGGACGGAGGGGGAAAGGAGGAGGAGGAGGGUUUUUUAGGGUUUGGCAGAUGACAGUAUUUAACAAUUGGAGAAGAAAAGGACUGAGUUGCAUUCCAUUCCAUUCCAUUCCAUUCCAUUCCACGAGCUUUGCAAAGUUUCCCACCUAACAGGCAUUUGGGUUGUUUUCUUUCUCUCCGUCUCUCUUUCUGGGCCACAGCACAGGGCAGAGGUCGUGUGGUAAAAGGGAUGAAACAGUGUUACCGCUGGAGUGUGAAAAAAAUGAAGCGGUAGUAUUAAAAUUUACAUUGCUUUUUGAUCAUUCUGAUUGUAAAUCUCUGCCAUGAAUCUCGAGGUUUACUGCAUCAAUGAUUAAGAUUUUUCAGAGAGAUGGGGGUAAUAGGACGGUGGGGUCAAAACCUUAUCGGUUCCAGGUGUUGGCUCAGGUGGUGGGGUCCGGCUGCUGGUUAUUGCCCAAACCAAUGUACAAUGUCACUGACAAACAGGUGGAUCAUUCUCCAUCUUCUGUUUUCUUUUUUAAUUUUCUUUUCGCCCUUUUAAUGGAGCAGUUGCUGGCAUCACAGAAAGAUCCAUGGUGAGUCUUAAUGACCCUACUGAUAUAUGCCCCACCAUUCCAUCAAUCAGGACCCUUCAUUUUAUGGGCCAUGCUCCUCCUAUUCAAUGCAUGAUUGGGUCUCUCGCUGCCCACCAAAGGGAAACGUGGAAUCUCCAGUUUCUUGCCCCCUCCUUCCUAAAUUACUCUUCCCUUCAAAAACUCACUCUUCUGCAUUUCCAACACCAAAUACAUGUGUCUUUUACAACCACGUACUGCAUAAAAGUAUUAACAUAUCUUAAGAACAUCACUUUAUAUGAUCAUCUUAUCUUUAAA